UUUCCCCCUAUCUGCACGUUUGCGCGUGCGCAGCGCCAGGCUCCGAACCCGAAAGGGGCGAGCGGGUGGCUCAUUCUCCUCGAGAUCCAGCAGGAUCCGGCCGCAUCCAGCCGAGGCGAAGCGACCGAGGAGCCCCUAUGCCGGGCUGCUGAGGCGGGAAAGGAAGAGAGGAGGAAGAAGAAGAGAGGGCGGGUGGCGGGGGGGAAAGCGGCCGUCGUCCCCUCAGCAUGUAAACCGGGAAUGCGAAGCCCGGCGGCCGCAGCAGCAACAGCAGCAGCGCCUGAGGGAGGAGCAGCUCCGGCCGAGUAAACCCCGAGGAGGAGGAGGAGGAGGAAGCGGGUCCCGUCAGCCCCACACACGGCCUGAGGCGAUGGCUUUCCAGCAGCUGGCGGACGCGGCGGACAAAUGGUGCUCGCGCACCCCCUUCGAGCUCAUCGCCACCGAGGAGACGGAGCGCAGGAUGGAUUUCUACGCCGACCCGGGCGUCUCCUUCUACGUGCUGUGCCCGGACAACGGCUGCGGAGGGGACAGCUUCCACGUCUGGAGUGAAAGCGAGGACUGCUUGCCUUUCCUGCAGUUGGCGCAGGACUACAUCUCCUCCUGUGGUAAAAAGACACUGCAUGAAAUACUGGAAAAAGUCUUCAAAUCAUUCAGACCUCUGUUGGGGCUUCCAGAUGUAGACGAUGAUGCGUUUGAAGAAUACAAUGCAGAUGUGGAAGAAGAAGAGGCGGAAGCCGAUCACCAGCAAAUGGGUGUCAGUCAGCAGUAAUUUUCAGAGGAAUUGAAAUAUAUUUUAUCCUACCAGGUGGGAUCGCUAUGCUUCCGCAUUAGCAUUUUUGAAUGACGCAUCACACUGGAAAAUCUGACUCCCAAACCCAAAGUUUAAAGAAAACAACAAUAUUUUUCAAAGUCUGUGAUGAGCUUUGCUAAGAAGUGGCCUGAAUUUAACUCCUGCUUCAGUGAGGUUUCUAUGGUGUUGUCUCAGUAGCGUUCUGCCAUUGUUAACUUAGAACUAGGGUUUUUCUUUUCUUCCUGCUGACUUGUCUUUUGUUUUGUUUUAAUUAUUAUCAUUUUUUUAUUUGUUUGUAUAGAAUUAACAUUUCACUGACGUGAAUGUGAUUUGAAUGUAGGAACUAUUUGGUUGGUGUGUUAAGUACUUGCGUGACCUUACAGAGGACCAUCCAUGCAGAGAAUAAAUGCAAUCUGCACUUUCA